AUGGGACGCGAUCAGCUGAUGCAGAACAAUCCACAAGGUGUAGGACAAUUUGUGCAGAUACCAAUCAACAAUGAGGAGCAUAGCUCAACCACAUUGAUGAACCAAACCGCCACAUCGAACCGGACAAGCACCAUCAAAUGGCCUACCAUCAUCAUAUGCGUCAUCUUCGUCAUAACAGGUCAAUCCGUUGCAAGACUCAUCGAGAACUACUAUUACCUCCACUCAAACAACAAACGUCAAGGCACAUGGAUUCUAUCCCUCGUCCAAGUCAUCGGAUUCCCUUUCCUCCGCAUCCCUCUCUACUUCCUCCUUUACACCGAGAAUCUGACUAAACCUCGUCUCUCCUCCCAUCGAAGCUCCCUCAAAUACCUCACCAUACUAUACCCUUGUAUCGGCAUCGACAUGGUUAUGCAAGCAAGACUCGCCGCUAUAAGCAAACACGAAAUACCCUUUAAUGUUUUCACUCUCAUCUACACGUCACAGCUCUUAUUCACACCUAUCUUCUCCUUCCUCAUCAAUAAAAUCAAAUUUAAUCGAUGGAUAGUUAUAUCUCUCGUCUUCUCUAUCGCCGCAGGCUCUCUCACUCUCUACUCUUCCUUCCCCGGAGAACCCAACAAGGACGAAGUGAGAUACGUAAGGGGCGUGGUAUAUGCUUUAUUUGCCGCCCUAAUUUUGUCCAUUACCCUCAGCUCCAUCAAGAACAUAUUCGAAACUGUCAUCUCCAAACGCGACGUAGCCACUCACAGAAACCCUAGCUUUGCCUCCGUUGUCGAGUUGAUCUUCUUCUCCUCCAUCGCCGCCACCGUCGUCUCCUUGGCGGCCGUGUUCAUUUCCGGCGAGCAUCACAUUAUAAAGAGAGAUGUUCGUGUGUUUGGAAAGAAGGCGUACUUCGGUAUAAUGACGGUUCAAGUCUUCGCGUGGCAAAUCUACUGGGUGGGUUUGGCGGGGCUUGUGUUCGCUGUCUCGGACGUGUUCUCGAAUGUGAUCAGCGUCUCUACGUGGCCCAUCGUCUCGGUUUUGACGGUUCUCUUCUUUGAUAUCGACAAGGAUAAGUUUGAUGCUUUCAAAGGAGCCGCCUUGGCUUGGAUUACGAGGUUUGAAACUCCGUUGAAAGAGUGUUGCGGAGGCGUUUGUGGUGCUGUGGACGAGAAAGGUGUGAAGAAUUAUACCUUAUGCGAUGAUCACCCUACUCAAGAAGGAUGGAAUUCGGUUUACGCGGUUUUCGGCAAAAACUAUUAA